UCGUGUCCUCUUCCAUUCUCUCUCUCUAUCCUCAAUCCACCUCUCUCUCUAUCUCACAAUCUCUCUUCCAUUAUCUCUCUACUUUUUAAAACUCUGAACGCAAACACCAAUUUCCCUCCUUAAACAAUCUCAUUAAGAUCUGUCAAAGCCUCAGUAAAGGCCAUUGCCAAAAGCCAUUGUGAAACCCUAGAAAUAAAAAAAAAACCCAUGACCCCAUUCUCUGCAACUGCUUGGAUUGAUCCUCCUUAACGCCUGCCUGAAACCCUAAGUUACCAGAAAUUUCAGAGCAAAAAAAGGAAAAAAAAAAAGGCUUCAUGUCUUGGCAAUGGGCACACCAGAGAGGACUCUCAUGGCCGUGGAGGCCUGAGGUUUUGGAAUUCUAGUGUAAAAAGGGAUGUUUUCGCCAUGGGCAAGGCUGAAGAGGAGCAAGGGGUGCUUUCCAUUGAUGUCUUUGUGCGAGAAGAGCUCAGCCAUGGCUGUGAAGCGUGUAAAGGAUUUAUUAGUUUCAGAUGCUUCCUUCUUUUGUUUCUUGGGGUUUCUGUUCUUCUCUCCUCCAUGUUCUGGUUACCUCCAUUUUUUCCAAGGCAUCGGCCAUUCACCAAGGGUCAUUUUGGAGCUACGAUAGAAGCAAGCUUUAAACUUGAAAAAUCAGUCUUGUUUCUGAAUGCAAACAUCCCAAGGCUUGAGUAUGACAUCCUCGAAGAAAUAGGUGUCACAGACUCCAGGGUGGUCAUAUUAUCUCUUGAACAGUUGCCUGGGUCAAAUUGGACUAAUGUGGUGUUUGGGGUCCUUCCAUCUACCAAGAACACAACUAUAUCUUCUGCUGGGUUGAGCAUAUUAAGGGCCUCUUUUGUGGAAUUGGUUUUAGAGCAGUCCAAACUAAUCUUGACGCCAUCCAUAUUUGGAUCCCCUUCCUUUUUCCAGGUGUUGAGGUAUCCUGGUGGCAUAACAGUUGUCCCUCCUCAAAAUGCAUUUCUUUUGCAGCAAGUGCAGAUUCUUUUCAACUUCACCUUAAAUAAUUCUGUAUAUCAGAUUCAAGAGAAUCUUGAUGAGUUAAAGAACCAGUUGAAGAGUGGGCUGCAUCUUGAGUCUUAUGAGAAUCUAUAUGUUGAAUUGACCAAUUUGAAUGGUUCCACGGUGGCUCCUCCAAUCAUAGUUCAGGCAUCAAUUGUGCGUACAGUCCGCAACCUCCCACUUGCCCAGCCAAGGCUAAAACAGUUGGCCCAAACCAUCACUGGCUCUCCAGCCAAAAACCUAGGGCUUGAUCAUUCUGUCUUUGGUAAAGUGAAGCAAAUCCAGCUCUCCUCCUUUCUUCAACACUCUCUCAAUAAUAGCACGAGCCCGGCUCCAUCACCCCAAUAUCAAGGCUCGCCACCACCACCACACCACCACCACCACCACCACCACCACCACCACCAUCACCAUCACCACCACCAUCACCAUCACUCUCACUCUCACCAUUGCCACCACGAUGGUCAAGCUGCUCAGUCAUCCCAAGCUUCUCCUCCUCACUCUUCUUAUUCUUUUCCUCGCUAUUCAUCUAUUCCUCGCAAUCACAAGGUGGCCCCACCACCCUUCACAUCGCCCGAGUAUAGUACUAGGCGGCCGAGAAAUGGAGCCUGGAAAGGGGGUCAAGGAGACAUUCAUUUUCCAGCUUUUCCCCCUUGUGGCGAUUUGCAGCCCAAGAAAAGGCAUGGAGCUCACCCUCCUGUGCCCCCCUCUUCCGACUUGCUUGCAGGACCUUCACCACUGCCUGCAGUGUUCUUUGCACGUGUUAUACCUCCUCAGGGUGCCAGCACUAUACCACCUGCCUCCUCAGCUUUCGCGCCAUUGCCAUCUUCGGCGUCUACUACCAGGAUGAGUGUCUCAUUGGUGCUUGUCGCCUUGUCGUCAUGGGGUGCUUUAUUACUGUGUAAUUUGAGGUGAGAUGGGAGCAGUUUUGUCUCAAAGGCCCCACCUCAGGUUGCAAAGCGACCCGGUGGUUUCUGUUCUUGAAUCACAUACAAGAAUAGCCGAUGUGGGUGAAAACCUGCUGCCACUUUGAAGGUUGGUAUUUUUCUGUGUAUAUACGCGAUAUAUUUUCGGUGUAUCUCAGCAGGCUGUGUUGUAUUUGAGGUCAAAGCCACAGAGGUGGCAGUCCUCUCCUUUGUUGCAUAUGUGAUGUUGUAACUCUUUCUCCACGGUGAAAAAGAAGGGGUUUGGCCUGUAUUACAGGCAAUGUUUUCCGUAUUUACCUGCCCCAACAAUUCACCAUUCUCACUUUCUUUAGGGCU